UUUUGGCUGCAAACUUCCGCAUUUAUUUUUUACAUGACUUUUGAUCUCUCGGAUGGAUUUGUAGGGGUUUAUCAAAACUCGCCAUGGAUAAACUUAUACUUUCGUUACUUCUCGUAUUUAUUUCUGCUGGAAGUAGCGACGGAAACUGUCCAGCGCCACCAAACCAGCCCUCAGGAAACCAUGUUUGUCCAACACAGUUCAGUUGCCUAGUAUCAUACACUGCUCAAGUAAGUGUCAGGACAACAAAGCCUACAACUACGCAAUGUGGCUGGUGGUUUGUUCGAAAGAGAUGCGGAGCAAGAAGAACAAUUUAUGUGAUGAGGACACAAACAAGACAAAGGACAGAAACAUCAAACAAAAAGAUAUGUUGUCAGGGAUAUGAACAAAAGUUAACCGAAUGUCACCCAAAAUGUGAACACGGUUGUGUAGAUGGUACCUGUGUGUCCCCAAAUAAAUGUAACUGUAAUGUUGGAUAUCGUGGUAUCGAUUGCAGUUUAAAAUGUGAUAGAGGAACAUUUGGUCCUAGCUGCAGCAAACGAUGUGACUGUCACAACAAUGCGAAGUGUGACCAUAUCACUGGAAAAUGUACCUGUACCAAUGGUUGGACUGGUACCAAAUGUGACACAAAAUGUCCCAGUGGGUCCUAUGGCAAGAACUGUAUCGAAAAAUGUCAGUGUCAGAAUGGAGGCACAUGUAAUCAUGUUGAUGGGACUUGUACUUGCAUAGAAGGAUACAUUGGUACAAGCUGUGAAAAGAUAUGUCCCCUCGGGAAAUAUGGUUACAAAUGUGAAAGUGUUUGCGCUUGCCUCAAUAAUGCCACUUGUUCCAAUGUUGAUGGCAGCUGCAACUGCUCAGCAGGUUGGCAGGGUGACAUUUGCAGUAAGCCGUGCGAUGAAGGAUUUUUCGGCAAAGGAUGCAGUCAAAGAUGCGAUUGUUUAAACGCAAUAGGCUGCAAUCCUAUUACCGGAAAAUGCAUCUGCAAACCUGGAUUUACCGGAAAUAAAUGUGAACAUCCCUGUCGCAAUGGCACUUAUGGUGACCAUUGUAAGAGCGUUUGUCGUUGUAACGUGAAUAAUAGCGUGUGCAGUAACGUGGAUGGAACGUGUAAUUGCACGGUGAAAGGUUGGACUGGAGAACUAUGCAACACGCGAUGUGGUGUUAAGGACCCGAACACGAAUAUAACAGUUCCAUGCGAAAGAACGUGUAAUUGCACGAUAAAUGGAGUGUGUCAGAAAUCAACAGGACACUGCAUAUGCAACUCUGGUUUUAAUGGCACAAGAUGCGAGAAGAUCUGUCCCGAUGGAACUUUUGGUCCACAUUGCGUUCACAAGUGCCAAUGUAAGAAUGGUGCAGCAUGUUCAAAGACUGAUGGACGCUGUAACUGCACCAGUGGCUGGACUGGUACUAAUUGUGGAGAAAAGUGCCCAAAUGGUUACUAUGGACCAAAUUGUGCCAUGCAGUGCAAGUGCUCAAGAAAUGCGGUGUGUGACAGAUUCAAUGGCAAAUGUAACUGCACAGGCGACUUCCAAGGAGAGUUUUGUGAUAUCACGUGUACGAACUGGACUUUUGGUAUUGGUUGCAAACAAAGUUGCGUUUGUAACAGAACUACGACUGAUAGGUGUAACCCAAUGACUGGAAACUGCACUUGUAAACCUGGGUGGAUAUCACGUGACUGCUCUUCAUUGAGAAAAUGCCCGGCGGAAAAGUAUGGGCCUUAUUGCAAGCAGACAUGCACGUGCAAGAACAACGCGACAUGUGGACAUUUUGAUGGGCUAUGCACAUGCAAGCCAGGAUUUACUGGGGACAUUUGUGAUUUAAAAUGUCCAAGUGGAAGUUUUGGUACCCAGUGCAGACAACCUUGUACAUGUUCCAAUGGAGCAACUUGUGAUCAUGUGACAGGAAAAUGCUUUUGUCGACCAGGCUGGAAGGGAGAAAUUUGUAACGAAGCGUGUGAUGGCUCCUCGUUUGGGGAAUACUGUUCAAAACCAUGUGACUGCCAGAACGAGGCCAAAUGUGAACCUGUUGAUGGAAAAUGCGUAUGUACAAAAGGCUGGCAUGGAGACAAGUGUAAAAGACCCUGUGAUGCAUGGUUCUAUGGCGAAGGCUGUCAAAUGCUGUGCUCCUGUGUCCAGAAUAACUCACUUUCAUGCAAUCCAGCGACGGGGGUUUGCGCUUGCAAUAAUGGUUCUCGUGGAGAGAACUGUGGCAAUGUUUGUGUCAAUGGAACUUAUGGUAGAGGCUGCUCACAAAAUUGCAAGUGCGAUGAAACAAAUUCCAAGAAUUCAUUGACAUGUGAUGCAGUUAGUGGUCAAUGCCCAUGCAAAAGAGGCUGGAAGGGGAUAUCCUGCACUGAACAAUGCAAUAAAGGUUUCUUUGGUGAUAAUUGCAUAUCUGCUUGCCCAUGCGACAAACAACAUAUGUCACGUGACUGUCACCAUGUGGAUGGCUCAUGCUUCUGUGAUCCUGGGUACAAAGGCUACAUUUGCAAUGAAACUUGCGCCGAUGGUUUUUUUGGCAAGGACUGUCUCUUUAAAUGCAAGUGUCCUGGAUGCGACCACGUGACUGGCCUAUGCAAAGGCGCCUCCUCAGCUUCAGGAAAAAAGCCAGUUGCAGCAAUAGCAGUCCCCAUUGUCGUUGUAUUCCUGGCGCUUGUUUUCAUUGUACUGGGGUUUCUGUAUUGGAGAAAACGAGCAGGGAGGAAACACGUGGAAUCGAAACGAGCGAUAACCAAAGACAGUGUUUCUAUGCGAGGCCUUGUUAACAACUUACAUGACGAAACAAAGGACAUUGAUUCUAUACCAAGCUCCAACACUCCUUAUGAGACACCGUCUCCAAAUCCAAUUUAUGACGUCACAAAACCAUCUCCUGGCGGAAAUCCAGUAUAUUUCAAAAAUCUUCAGUUGAAUGCGUCCCCCGGAAAUGAAGAGUGCUAUGACACUUUGCAAAGAAACACUAUUAGUACUAACAAAGCCCCCGUGCAAGCAGCUGCAAAUGGUAAUGGUUACAGUAACCUUACCAGCUGGACCGGGGGUGAAUACAGUCACCUUGGACAAGCUAUGCCGAAAACUGAAGAGGCCUAUGACCACUUGGGGGUACAAGUUGGUGCCAAUCGGGGGACAGAAGCCGAAGGCUAUGCGCAUCUUGAUUUUAGUGACGUUCCAAAAUCGAAUGUUCACCUCAACUCUCUUUAUGAUUCUCGCAAAAAUGUCGUUGACCAGAUGGAGGUUGACAGUCCAACAUACGGGAACUUAGAAGACGAUGGUGCUGGGGUCAAGGAACCAAUGAACAAGAAGGACACAGUCCCGUAUGUGAAUUUGGAUCCGUCACAACAACUCGAUGAUGAUUUCGAUAUCAACGGUCCUAUGGUAUCUUUAGACCCAGCAACGUUUUAUGCAAAAGUUGACAAAUCGAAAAAGAGAAAGAUAUGAGUUAAAAGUUCCAUUCUUGUAAUAAAAAUUAUAGCUCUUUAACAUUUUCAUCGUGAUGAAGUCAAGUAAAAUUAAAUACUCUUUUUGACCUGAACGGCUGACUUUCGACCUUUGGUUUAUUUUUGGCCUUCGACUGUUGGCCUUGCAGUGAUGACCUUUGGCUGCAACCUUUUGCCUCUUUCGCUGAUCUUUCACUUUCACUCUCUUUUCUAAUACAGUAAUAUGAAAUUUUAUUUUUAUUUUUUUCUUUGAAAAAGCUUAGUAGUUUAAGGCCAGGUGCCGAAAUCUAAUCAUUGAAUGGUUAUCGCCAAUACUUCUGGUGCUAUUUAGAAGUAAAUGUGGAAAUGCUGUAAAUUUUGUUUGAAUAUCGUUUGCAACUUAGACCAGACGACGUCAUGUAAUCGACAAAGAAUCCACAGGGGUAGGGAGUUUAAAUUAUGAGUAGGGUGCUCAACCCCUUUAGAAAUCACUAGUCGAAAAUUUGAACCGAUAUCGAACCGGAUCGAAAAUAGUUUAGGAAAGACACUCAUAACGAAGAGUAGAGGGAAAUAUCUAGAAAUUUUCUGGUGCAUACAGCAACACCACCCCACACCACCCCACACCACCCUUCAAGCGCAAAUUUUGACAUGUUAGGAUGGGGGCUAAUUCGAAGGUGUGGGCUUAUUAAGAUUUUUAACGUCUAGGGUGAGGGCGUAUUCGAAAGGGGGGCGUAUACGGGUUGAAAAUUCGAAGGUUUACGGUAUGUAAUACAAUUUUUGUUGAUUCUAAACUUCGACCAUUUGAAUCAAUUCAAUGCCCCUCAAGAGUGUUGAGUACUUAGUCACUAAACUCUACCCUCUUUCAAAAGUGAGACUACAGUUUCCCCUCAUUAAUAUUUUUUAUUAUCAAAUAAAGUCUUAUUGCCGCUGUUAAUUUUGUUCAAAUAGGCUUAUUUAGGAAACACUGUCUGCUUCCCGAAUAGAUUUUUCCCAUGGAUGACUUAUGAUGGCUUCUUCAAUAGAAAAUUGCUUCAGCGUUGGUAAUCCAAACUCUCGCAGUUUUCCCGCGUGUUUCAUGUCUUCCUUUGUGAUCUGUAGUGUCAUCAAUUCUCUCCGUAGAUUGAUCUUCGACCUUCAGUUUCAGAGAAAAAUUUAACCCCAUCAGCCUUUGGAAGUUUUGGAAAUUUUUUUGGUGGGCAAGAUCCCUCAGCCCCUCCCCCCCUGCUUCCAAAUCUUCUGCUUGUUCCUAAUAUGAGUUCGACGUCAUGCUUUGAUCAGAACACUUCCACCCCUUUUCACUCCAACGUACACCACCCUUGGAGCCGUGGGGGGGGGGCUUAAACAAACCCAUUUUUUCUAGAACUUAUGUAAAUUUUUAUAGAUAACAUAAUAGUUAAGAUGCAGUUUAAUCGGAUACAGAUUUUUCUAAAACUUUUAUAGAUGUUUUUGAUCGUGAUUUGAUUUUUAAUUUGAUUAUGAUGUUGAUAAUUUUGAUACUGUAUUUUUUUGGAGUAUUUUAAUUUUCUUUAAGAAAAUUUCAUCGCCGUAAAAUUCCUAAAAAUCAAAUGAUAUUUCUGAAAACGUGUCUUUUAUCAUGCAGACAUGAAGAUGAAAUGAAGACAGAAGGAUUAAUUUGACGUGAAAACGCUUUUUCCAAAUCGUCCAUGUAGAAAAUUUUCAAGAAUAUUUCUAGUUAUUAACACGAAAGAAAUAUCAACUCAUUGCUGAAGACUAAAGCCAGGGGCGCCAUCCAAAAAAGCUGGGGAAGGGGGGCUGUGCUGUAAGCAACUUCUAGAUUCUUUCUUUCGUUUAUGAACAAUUGGUUAAAACGUUUCUUUGUAAUUGAUCAUAAAAAUUUGUGAUUUUUAAACAUUAAAAAUUUCUCGAAAUUUGUGAUUUCUGAUAAAUACCUCUGAUAAUUAUUUAUCAUAAACUAUUUAUCAAAUAUU